AUGGCUAACCCCUGGGCUAUUAUUGUUGGUGCCGGCCCCUCAGGAUUGCUCCUUGCGCUGCUGUUGUCGAGACAAGGGGUGCCGGUACAGGUAGUGGAGGCGAAUGACGAUCUCGAUGACCGACCAAGAGCAACUCACUAUGGAGGACCUGCAGUCUACGAACUUCGUCGUGCUGGAGUGGUCGAUGAUGUACGUCGACAAGGGUUUGAACCUGAGGGAGUUCAGUGGCGGAAAUUGGACGGCACGUACAUUACCGGACUCAGUCACCACGUCUUGCCAGCCGAGGACCCCGACAAAAUGAUAUGUUUGCCGUUAAACCAACUAGGGAAAAUUCUUUUAUCUCACCUAGAAAGUCAGCCUUGCGCCACUAUUUCCUGGAACUACAAGGUGAUCAGCAUCUCGCAAGAUGCCGACCUCGCCUACGUGGAGGUGGACACUCCAGCAGGUAGAGAAAAGCUCCAUGCCCCUUAUAUUGUGGGGUGUGAUGGCGCAAACAGCCAGAUUCGCCGUUCUUUGUUUGGUGACCUCAAUUUUCCUGGAAAAACAUGGGACGACAAUCUCGUGGCGACCAACAUCUAUUUCGACUUCAAGAAGCAUGGCUAUGGUGACGCCAAUUUUGUCAUUGACCCGGAGCAUUGGCAUAUGGCUGCACGAAUUUCCAAGGAUGGCAUGUGGCGAGUGACCUACGGCGACCUCCCCAACCUCACGCCAGAGCAACUACUUGCUCGCCAGCCCGCGAAAUUCCAAGCAUUACUACCAGGUAACCCUAGUCCGGAAUCUGGGGCAUAUCGCGUGGCCAACAUCAGUCCGUACCGUGUGCAUCAGCGUCUUGCCGAAAGGAUGCGCGUCGGGAGAUUUUUAUUAGCCGCUGACGCCGCACACUUGUGCAAUCCAAUGGGUGGUCUCGGCCUCACGGGCGGAAUUGUGGACAUUGGUGGCUUGUAUGAUUGUCUAAUCGGCAUCUUCAAAGGGUUGACCAGCCCUGCAAUACUGGACCGGUACGACCAAGUGCGCAGGGACGUUUACAACAGUAUGAUCAAUCCGAUCUCAAGUAGUAACCUUGUUCGAUUGUCUCAGGAUCCCGCCAACGUGUUGGAAGUCGACGAAUUUCUUCAGAUGUGUAAAAGGGGAGAGUCCGAUCCUGACUUGGUUUGUGAGAUACUCCAAGGAGUCAAAAACCUCUCACAUGACUUCACCAAGGACUACGACUCCAGUGUAAAGGAAAAGUCCUCAUUUGAGGUUGAAGGGGAGGUUGUGUCCGUAAACUGA